AUGCAUCGCGCCGGCUGCGGCUCCCCAGGGCCCGGCCGCCCGAGUUCUGGAAUCCGAGAGGCGCGAAGUGGGAGCGGCUUGCAGAGUCCGGGCAGGGGCGCCGGGAGCAGGGCUCAGGCAGCUGUUUCCAGCUGCGGUGAGCGGACUCUCCUCCAGCAGCCCUGCAAAGAGAGCGGGAGUAGUUUAAAUAAGCCCCCUCUCCAAAGGCAGCGAUGCCUGCCGAAGGUGUCCUCUCCGGCUCGGCGCCCACACGCCCUUACCCGGAGCUCCCCGCCAUGGUCCGCCCAGGGCCGCCGCGCCGCCGCGCCGGUCUCCGCACAGGCUCGCGAGGGAGGGAAGGAAGCAGGGGGCGCCCUGGCGGGCUGGGGAUCAGGUCAUCGCCGCGCCGCCCGGCCCCCCAGGUUCGCGCGCCCCGGCAGGGCAGUCGGCAGCUCACGAGCAGCAGGUCAGAUGGGGAUCACCCGCCCGACGCGAGGCGGAUCACUGGGUCCCGCGCCGCCCAUCCCGGCCGAGGAAGGAAGUGACCGGCGCGCUGCGAACCCCCGCGCGUCCGCUCGGGUGGGGCAGGGGGAGGCUGAGGGCCACGCAGGCUCGCGGAGGCUGCGGCUCCGGCUCCGGCUCGGAGCUGCCCACCAUGGUCUGGCGCCGGGGGCGCAGGCGACUUCCCUAGGCCGCCCGGGCCGACGGCGUGGGGUGGCCGCGCGCGCAAUCCGGGCCCUGGGCGCCCGCGGCGAGGCAGAGGCAGGUGCGGGCGGCCGAGAACUCGCCCAACUUGCUGCCGCGCGGGUGGCCUCUCGAAGGCUCGCGGGGCGCCCCCCGUCGCCGCCUCCCCGGGCCCGGAAGGGGGCGCUCAGUGCAAAGUCCCAUUCAUGGGCUGAGGCUCAGGGCGCCGCCGCCGGCUCCGGGAGCCGGAGCGCCAGCUGGCUCCGCAGGAAACUCCAGGCGGACGUGACAACCUCCUGGGCGGCGGGUAGGACUGGGAGGCGACCGCGGAGUUCCUCCCGCGCCGCGGGAGCCUGAGUGCGCCCAGGUGGGAACGGGGGGAGGGCGAGCUCCUGGAGCGCAGGGAGGCGCAGCGCGCGAAUCCAGUUCCCUUUCCUCGCGCCCUGGGCGCCUGGGGCUCCCAGCCUCCCUUCUCCUUCCUCCCUCCCCUCACCCCUCUCCCCGCUCUCUGUCUUCUGUCUCUCCCCUUUUCUCCUCUCUACGCAAUCCUACGUGAUUGAGGUUUGGAUGAGAAAUUCUCAGAGGCAAGGCGAGGGAACUGCAGCUCGGGGCUGUUCUGUCCGGUCCCUCCCCCAAAGGAAAAACACAUCCUCUGGUAGGUGAAGGAGACCCUGGAUGCUGGAUGUGCAGAGAAGGGGUCAGGAGUAGCAGAGCUGAAGACGUCUCUUCUUCCCUGACACUGCUCUAAGCCUUGCCUCACCGGUGUGCCAGAGAAUUAAAUGGAUGAUUUGCAAGCAGAGACAGGCCUACCUUGGAAAGAUCCUCAUUCAAGGCAAGGAAGAUUGGAAUCCGGAGGCUACUGGAAUGGAUAGGGGAUCCAGAGACCUCCAGGAGCGCUCUAGGGCGGCCCCAGAGCAUUCUGGCUGACUUUGGGGGCUCCCCGUCUUUUGCAAGUCAACAUCCAAUCAGAAGAAGGUCAGCUAAGGGGACGAUCCAGAAAAGCUUGAGAGAAAUUAGGAUGCUUUGAUACAGAAGACAACCAAGACAGAGGUGUAGGUUUGAAAGAAUUGGAGAGGUAAGAGUUGAACAAACAAGUAACAGCUGCUCUUUGAAGCUCCUGUGUCUUUCUGGAUAUGGCAAAAUCAAAUUGGGUGCUUAAAGAAAGAAUAAAACAUCCAAUGGCAGCUUUCGGAGAUGGACACUGUGUUUCUGUCUUUGGAUCUCUAUUAAAGGAAUGGGAUGUUUCGGCUCUCAUGGGACAAAGAUGGGACAUUUCCCUGGCACUGCUAUGGCUACUGUCACAGUACUUUUGACCGCUGCUGACUGGCCUUGUAAACGAUCUUCAGCAUCACAGGAGAAGGACAGGUAAGCACAGAGAAAUUUGAGAAAUUAGGUAGGACCUGGGCCCAUGGCUGUUGAACCCCAAAGCAAUAUUUCAUUUUUCUGGUUGCUGUUGUUAAUUCACAGCUUUUCAACCUAGGCCACUUAAUCUCUUGAGCCUUUCUUCGUGGUAAGUGGAGCAUUUCUAGUAGCGUGGCAUUUUGAAAUCAGGAAAGAAAUGACAUCAGACUACUGAGGACUGAAGUUAAAUAACCAGAUAGUUUAAAGGGUGAUAUAUAAACUAUU